GAUGGACGAGUGCGUGAGGUUAAAGCAUGUUCAGGUGGGAGUGGAACUUAGAGUGGAGAAAGAGGUGCAGAGACAGACUGACAGCUGGAAAGAAGCAAACUAGAACAGACAGCAGCAAGAGAGAAGCGUAGAAGAGGAGGAACACAGCAUGAAUGUAGCAUGGAGGUGAAGGAGCGUCGGCCUUACUGCUCUCUCUCUCGGAGCAGGAGAGAACGAGGGAGAGACUGGGAGAGGGAAGGAGACAGAGAGGAGGGGGAGGGCUACAGGGAGGGUCCCAGCAACCGCCGUCAAACCGGCUCAUCCUCCGUCCUUACCCAGAAGUCUUAUAGCUCCAGUGAGACGCUGAAGGCCUUUGAUCAACAUCCAUCCACCCAGGGGCUUUAUGGACAUCGCAUGCCAGACAUGGUGCCAAGGGACACUGAGGAAUACAGAGCUCCAGGCCAGAGUCUGUCUCUGAGACAGCUUGGGAUAUGCGGCCCUGCUCCUCGCCGUGGUCUGAGCUUCUGCGCUGAGACUGGACUCAGUCAUCAUACACAGCUCAGCGGAGCAGACCAAAUCCAGAACGCAGGGGGCAUAUCUCCUGACUGCGCCAUGUUAUGGGUUAAGACACACGGACGGGACGCGCAGCUGUCCAGCCGGUCCAACUCUGCUUUAACACUCACAGACACAGAGCAGGACAACAAAUCGGAUCAGGAGAACGUUAAUGCUGGUGACGUAAAACUGCAAAAGUGGGAAAAUACCCCCAGAGCAAGUCAAGGCAAAGUCACCUUGAGUCACUAA